AUGGAAAUAUCACCGGCACAUAAACGAUCUUCUUCAGUCAAGAGAACAACUCAGAGGAGGGCAAAUACAGCUUUAAAUAAAACUUCAAUAUCUUCGACUACUGAAAGAAAAAUCAAGCUUUUUAUGAAUAAUCAUGAGUCUGGACAAUUACUUGAUGUUUCGUAUUCAAUACCGAAGGUCAGAUGUUUUCUUCCAAGCCAAGAAAAAGUGGAGGCUUCCGCUAGGCUCAUUUUGCUUAGAAAAAGAUUAGAUAAAAGCAAACAGUCGUUUUUAAAAGAAGAUAAAGUCUUGUCUGUUAUGAGAAGGGAGCUGAAUAACUUAGCUGAGCUUAAAAUUAAAAAGCAAAGCAGCGUUGAAGAAACCCUGAAAAAUUCAGAAAAACUUGAGAGCAGGAUUGAAUGAACCAAAAAGCAGCAAGACGAAGAAGAGAAAAAUAGACAAAUUUAUUUACACAUAAUAGACAGAAUGAAAUCUGCUUUAUUUCAUCUUGAAAAAAAAAGUUUAAAUUUCAAAGCUACCUUGCAGUCUCAAAACUCUGUUUUGAAAUUAGAAUUUGACAAAAGUUUAAAAUCUAAAGAAGCUAAGCUGCAAAGUCGCUUUGCCUUGACAAAAUUCCAAUCAAAUCUUAAUUAUGAAAGUCAGGAAAGACUGAAUGCUAUAAAUAAUGCUGAAAAAGACUUAAAAAACAGAGAACUCUCUAUAAUAAAAAAAGAGGAAAAUAAAAAACGACAAGAAGAAUAUCUUGAAAAAGCAAUUAUUGAUGACCAAUGUGCCCAUUCAGUUGGUCUGAGAGAAAAAUACCUUAUUCAUAAGAUGUGGUUUAAUUUGAUGACUUUUCAGUUUCAAAAAGAGCACGAAAAGUGAAAAAUUCUUGAAGAGGCUUUUAUAAAAAUGAAAAUCUCGACAGGGCUUAAAGAUAUAGAAACAAUGGUAGAGAGAUUUUUAACCAAGGAACAGUCAUAUCAAGAACUUUUAGUUUCUGUAAAGCAAAAAGAAACAGAAUGCACAGGCUAUAAACAAAAAAUUGAAGGUUUACAGGUAAAAAUUGAUAUUUUAAAUAAAGAAGAAAGCGAGCCGAAAUCAAAGACGAAUGAAGAAGAAAAAAAAAGAAAUGAAAUUUUGAAAGCAAAAAAAAGGGUUGAAGAACUUGAAGCAAAGAGGCUAAAGUUAUAUAAAACUACUAACAAAAUCAAAAUAUGGGCUGAAAAAAUGGCUAGUGGUAUACACAAAUCGGCAAGGUCAGGCGUAUUUUUAACGGAAAAUGAAAAUUCAGAAGAAAUUGUAGUGUCUAAUGAGUUUAUAGAGAAUUUACGAAAAAUAAGGAAUGAUGUAAGGCAAGCUCUUCAAGGCGUUUAUUCUCAUAAAGAAAAAAUCCCAGAAUUUUUGUCUGAGGUAAAAAGAGAGAGUAUGGCAAUAAUUAUUAAUAAAGCUCCUGAGGUAGGAAAAUCUAUUAAGAUUACUCCAGAGGAAGAAAUCGAACUUAAAGACUUAGUUGGAUUAGAUGAAUCGCUUGUAUUAGAAGAAACUCUAAAAAAAUCAAGAAGGAGUUCAGCAAAGAGCCAAAUAAAUAAGCCAUAA